ACGUCUCCCUCUAUUCUUACCUCCAUGGUGUUUACGUUGAUACUGUGAUGAAGGGUAUUCUGACUCUUCGUCCUGUUGUUAGACACAUAGUCAUAUUGGUAACAGACAGGUAACAAGCGAGUUUACGCAGGCUAGCUUUGAAACUGGGCAGAAAGUAUGUCUGAUUCUGAAGAUGAUCUAACUGAGAAACAAUUACGAAUUAUAGUACUAGGGGAACCCGCUACAGGGAAGACUUCUUUAGUUUCUCGCUACUGCUAUGAUCAUUUCUCGCGACAGUAUUGUCCGACAUCUGGAGUAGACUUUUUCCUAAAGAAAGCAUCACUUGGUAGCUUAAAAGAUAUUUCAUUACAAAUCUGGGACAUAGGUGGUCGUGUGUUAUCAGGCAACUUGCUUGAUAAAUAUGUACUUGGAGCUAAUAUUGUUUAUGCAGUAUAUGAUGUCACUAGUAUGCCUAGUUUUGAGGGAUUAUAUUCUUGGCUUGAGGCAGUAAGAAGAAUAUGUGCUGCUCAGCAACAUCAGCCCCUCAUUUGUAUACUAGGAAAUAAAUGUGACUUAGAGCAUCAAAGAUGUGUUCGUCUUGAUCGACACAACAUGUUUGUUCAGGAAAAUAAUGUGUCAUCGUAUCUUGUCUCGGCAAGAACAGGAGAAAUGGUGGCUUUAUGCUUCCAGAAGAUGGUAGCUCAUGUGUUGGGCAUCCAAUUAUCUCGAGCUGAGCAAGAAGAGCAACAACCUGUUAUGAGAGCAGAAAUUGUGGCUGCUCCACCUGUUAUUCCAGAGAACUCUUCAACCAUUACACGCACCUCUUCAGUUUGUGUUAUCCAGUGAAUGUCACAUUGUUGCUUUGUAUCACCCUUUUGUAAUUUUUAAAUCUCUCCAACAGAUCUGAAGAAAGCUAAUAAUUGUUCACAAACACUGUUCUGAGAAAUUACAGAACAGUACAGCUGUUGUUAUCUUGAAGGGACUAUAAACUGGAAAACAAAUAUAAUAAGAUGAAAAAUUAAAUGAACACUAAUAGGAAACUACAUACAGAAUGGCUACUGUAUAAAUAGUGCUUAACAUUUUAAUCUUUUAAUUUAUAUACUAUAAAACAAUAAAACAUAGAAAAAUCAUUAUUUUCAAUCAA